AUGGCUUCCUCUGAUCGACACUUUGGUAAGGGCAUCUAUGUCCCUACCGUCGCCUUCUUUACCCCAGAGGAUAACCUGGACAUCCCCACCACCGAGAAGCACGCCGCCUACCUCGCCCAGACAGGCGUUAUGGGGCUAGUCGUGCAAGGCAGCAACGGCGAGGCCGUGCAUCUGGAUCGCGAGGAGCGCAACGCCAUCACAGCGGCCACGCGCCGCGUCUGCGAAAGGAUCAAUCACUUGAUGCCAGUGAUCGUCGGCACGGGCGCCCCCUCGACGCGCGAGACCAUCGCCCUGUGCAAGGACGCCGCCGAGGCCGGCGGCGACUACGCGCUGGUGCUGCCCCCCAGCUACUACAAGGGGCUGGUCUCGACAGAGGCGAUGCUCAACCACUUCCGGGAGGUCGCCGACGCCUCGCCCAUCCCGGUGCUCAUCUACAACUUCCCGGGGGCGUCGGCGGGGCUGGACCUUAGCUCGGACGACAUCCUCGCGCUGGCGCAGCACCCCAAGAUCGUGGGCGUCAAGCUGACCUGCGGCAACACAGGCAAGAUGGCGCGCAUCGUUGCUCAGGCGCCCGAGGGCUUCUUGACGUUUGGCGGGUCCGCCGACUUCAUACUGCCGACGCUCAGCGUAGGUGGUGCGGGGAUCAUCGGCGGCAUCGCCAACCUCAUCCCGCGGUCGUGCAUACAGGUCAGGGUGCUGCACCUGGACGGAAAGGUUGCCGAGGCGCAGAAGGCGCAGGCGGUGGUGGCCCGCGCUGACUGGUUGGCCAUCAAGGGAGGGUUCGUGGCGGUUAAGAGUGCGCUGCAGAGUUAUCGCGGAUAUGGAGGGCAGCCGCGGCGACCGUGCAUGGCGCCGUCGCCUACGGAGGCGGCCGCGCUAUCGGAGGCAUUUAGUGAAGCGAUGGAGAUGGAAAAGUCGUUUGAGAUAUUUUGA